AUGAUGGCGUCGGAGGACGUGCCACUACAUUUUCAAGAUGCCAAGUCGACUCCCGCGCUGUGGCAUGUCUUCCACCGUCGGUCACGGACAAACCGUAUUAAGACGAUUGGCUUGUCAGUGAUUGCAUUCUUCUUUCUCUUUUUUAUACUACAGUCUUCUUCAACAGGAGUUGAACCGGACUUUUGGGCCAAGUUUCCCUCGCGCCAUCCUUUCCCCCAGCGCCCAGAAGACGCCCAGGUCCUCCUCCCUCCUCGCACCGAUAUUAAUCUCAAUGAUACCCUCCCCCACGAUUUAGACAAGCCCAACCCGCGCCUGCAUGUUUUAGUCCCAGCCUCACAGGGCUCGCGCGGAGUCUGCCGAACGCUCACGUCAGCUAUGAUCCUUGGAUACCCGCCGCCGACAUUAAUUGGGUACGGGCAUGAUUCUCCAGGAGCGACCGAGGCCGAGCACAUGGUGGACCGGAUCACGCGGGCGCGGAACUACCUCCGAGACAGCAAGACUGUGCACGACCGCGACUUUGUGCUGAUGGUGGAUGGCGCAGACAGCUUCUUCCAAUUGCCGCCCAAGGUCCUAGUGCAACGGUUCCAGGCUAUCAUAAGGGCGAAUAACCGAAAACUGCAGAAGAAGUAUGGGUUUGCAGAAGUGGAGGGCCAGAAGGAUGGGGCUGCGCCUGAGAUGGUACAGAAAUACACCCAGCGCGUUCUUUUUGGUGCGAGUAAGAUGUGCUCCCCUGGGUUGCUGGACGACCCCGGUUGUACAUCUAUCCCCGAAUCAUCUCUACCCCCGGAUGUAUAUGGCUGGAAGACCGAUGUCUACCCGGAUGGAUCUCUGAACCGACCUCGGUGGUUGAACCCCGGAGCGGUCAUUGGCCAGGCGGCGGAUCUGCGUCUGAUCUACGAUGAAGUUCUGCGGCAAGUUGAGUUGCGCUCAAACAAGUCUGGAGAUUACCAUGCCCUGACACAGAUGUAUGGGCGACAAGAGGUGAUCAGAGAACUGGAGCGGCGGCGAACAGCCAAUGACUUUAAAGAGUUAUUCUACCGGAUGCUGGGCAUCUCAGAUGCAGCAAACAUAACCGGAAUUUCACUCCGGCUAGAAACAAAUCACCGCUACGAGUACGGUAUUGGCGUUGACUUCGAGUCACAGCUCUUCUUCAACCAGAUACUGUCCCGAAAGGACGUUGAAUGGGUCAAGUUCGGCAACGUCACCAAAAUGUCCGCAUUGCAGAUGCACCACGGCGUCCCGCGCGAACACCGCCUUCUCCUACCACAGGACAUCGCAGCUCUCCCCAACCCAUUCAUCCAGUCCCGAUUCGCAAAAGAAUCAACCCAGCGGCCAGUGUGGAAUGCCACGCUGGACAAGCUCCCGAACCCACAUGAGCGCACCUGGCACAACAUUUCGCUAAUGACGAAUGCGCACUCCGCCUCAGUGCCGGUAAUCGCCCAUCUGAACGGCGAUCCUAAGCUCCGCAACACUUGGUGGGAGAACAUGUGGUUUUUCCCAUGGGGACGCGCCCUACUACGCAAAUAUGUCCGCGAUGCACAUGGGUUUGAUGCGGCACAGUCGUCGCUACUAGGCGGGCAGGACUGGCUGGAGGUGCGCGGAGGUCGAGGUGGGAUCUGGACUGGUGACGAGAACUGGAUCACUUUUUCGGAGGUCUGUAAUGGUCAAGAAAGAGAUCUCUUUGACGAUGACCUCGGACCCUGGGAUAAAGAAAUUUACAACCCAGAUGAUCCGGUUUACAACCAAUAUGGAAGUCUCAUUGCUGGAAAGGAAGAGAAAACCGUCAGCAAUGAAGAGAAAUUUGACUAA